AUGCCUUCUAUAAGAAAAAUAAAGCAAAGAAUUCAAGCAUACAAAAGCACUGUAGCCCUUCUGAACCAUAAAAUAAAGAAGCUUGAAACAAAAGUCGGUGACAUGACGGAAAUUCUUCAGGAAAGCAUUGAGGAGGGAGAGAUACGCAAUAAAACAAAAGAAAAAAGAAAGCGAAAGCUAGAUGAGUGCAACAAUGAAGUAAAAUUGCUAGACAUUGAAGAAAAAGCAAAAACCAAUAUGGUUGAAGCGCUUAAGGAAAUAUUCGACACGUUCAAUAUAAUGGAGCAGCCUGAGAUAAGAAGAAUAUUUUUAAAGAUAUUGCCAUAUCUAGACAACUCGUUAAAGUACUUAAUUCUGCACGAUAUAGUUCUUUUUUCUCGGGAUCUAGACAAGUAUUCUACGGUUUACAGCAUUCUAUAUUCUGAUGCGAUUGAGAAGGAUGGAAGCGAGAUAAGUGAUGUGCUUGAAACCAUCUACUACUACAGCAUUGCAGAAGAAGCAAUAGAUGGGCUGAAGAGCCGAUGCAUUUCAAUUCUAGAGAAAUAUGCAACAAGAACUGUGUUUAUAGAGGAAAGAAUUGUUCCAGAAGUCUUUGAUGCCGUCACAUCUAUCCGCCUCUAUUCGAAAGUUCUUGACUGGUGCUGGACAUACAAUGAGUUUAUACGGGACAUUCUAUACCCUGAGCUGAAGAAGUCAGAAAGUGCAUUUGCUGUUCUUGUUUUAUCUGCAAUAUACGCAGAGUGGAAUAAGUCUCUUUCUCCGCACAAAAGCCUGGAGUAUGUUAUCCAGAUUUUGGAUAAGGUGGCAGGAGUGGGAACUGGCGAGGAAAUCACCCCUUCAAUGCACUCGCUGGAGGCACAGCUUGCAAGUGCUCUUAUGCUACGGCAGUUCCGGCCAGGUGCUUCAGUUAAGUGGCACAGGAAAAGAAUUGACGAGGCAUCUGACGAACAGAAGGCCCUAAUUGAGUCGGUAUGGAAAAUAUCAUUCUUUUAA